AUGCAGGAGAAGCUACGAGACAUUCUGCUCAAAGAUGGAAUCAACCCACCUAUUGCACUUGCUGUUGCCUGUGGCUCAGUCACAGUGGUUGUGUUAUGGAAAUGGGUGAUACGUAGAGAGAUCCAGAGGAAAAUGAAAGAAGCCCAACGCUGGCGAAAUGGCAGCCUGGAACAAAUGGAAAAAGUGGCUUGGAAGCUUAAACAGAAGAAUCCUGGAAUCCAAUCUGAAUUUAUCCUCUCUCUGACACUAACAGAACUGGCAGAAAAACUCAGGGAGGAAAAACUUUCUUCAGAGAGUGUCCUGUAUACCUAUAUUAAAAAGGCUCUUGAAGUAACCCAGGAGGUGAACUGUGUGACAGAUUUUCUUCAUGGAUGUGAGGAACAGGUCCAGGACCUGAAGAAGCAAAAAGAGAAAGGCUUGUUGUAUGGAAUUCCUGUCAGCAUUAAGGAUCACAUUGGAUACAAGGGACACAUCUCUACCUGUGGCUUGGUGCAAUAUCUUGACAAAGUAGAGGCUGAUGACAGCGUGAUAGUAAAAGUCUUGAAGAAACAAGGAGCAAUUCCAUUUGUGAAAACUAAUAUUCCUCAGAGCAUGAUAAACUACGAUUGCAGUAACUUAAUCUUUGGUCAAACGAGGAAUCCUUUGAACCACAAGAAAAGUCCUGGUGGGUCUUCUGGAGGAGAAGGGGCACUGAUUGCAGGAGGUGGAUCCCUCUUGGGGUUUGGGACAGAUGUUGCUGGAAGCAUUCGCCUGCCCUCCAGCUUCUGUGGACUUUGUGGACUCAAACCAACAGGCUCUCGGUUAAGCACCCUGGGUCUUGCUAGUCCAGUGGCAGGCAUGAAGUCAGUGACAGCAACAAUUGGUCCAAUGGCAAGAGAUGUGGAUAGUCUGGCUCUGUGCAUGAAAGCUCUCUUAUGUGAUGAGUUAUUCCACCUGGAUCCUUCAGUACCACCCAUGCCAUUCAGGGAAGAGAUUUACACCAGUUCAAAUCUCCUUCGGAUUGGAUACUAUAAAGAUGAUGUAUAUUUCCAGCCCUCCCCAAGUAUGAAAAGGGCUGUUCAGGAAACAAAAAAUCUUCUUCAGGCUGCAGGACACACAUUGUUAAUUAAUUAUUCCAAUGUUUGUAGGUCAGCCAAAAACCUUUGGAAGCAACAUGCAGCAGUGGCGGCUUACCGUGAAGAAUUCAUUGCGGAGUGGAGGAAGCUGAAAUUGGACGUCAUCCUCUGUCCAGUCCUGGGACCAGCUUUUAAUGAAGGCUAUCCCGGGAAACUAUUUGCUGCUACUUCAUAUACCAAUUUAUACAAUGUCCUGAACUUCCCUGCUGGGGUUGUGCCAGUCACUAUUGUCACCCAGGCCGAUGAAGAGGAGCUGAAACAAUACCAAGGUCAUUAUGCUGACCCCUGGGAUAAACGGCUGAAAGAGGCUGUCACGGAUGCUGUGGGUCUCCCUGUAGCCGUCCAGUGUGUGGCUUUGGCUUGGCAGGAGGAGCUGUGCCUUCGGUUCAUGAAGGAAGUAGAGACCCUCACCUGCAAGAACAGACUGAAAGCAUAAUCUGUAGCCCAGGCUUAUGGUUUCUCUUCAGACUGGAUAGUCUCCUGCAAAAAAAAAAAAAAAAGGAAAAUAAUAAACAAUUCAAC